UGAAUAUUAAAAAUGAAUUAGAGAGAUGGACAUACAGAAAAGAUCGAAAAGGACUUUUCAAGGUUGUUGGAGAGAUAUAAUCGCUCAAAAUAAGUUAUCGAUUAAUUGUAUUAAUCGGGAGGGAAGAAUGAUACAACAAUACGUUCUGAGAAAAAUAAUAAAGAGGAGAAGGAAAAGGAGUAUGUGUCAAGAGAAAAGUAUAACAAAAUGAGAAACUUAAACAAAGAGCUGAAAGUAUAAUAUGGAAUAAUAAAAUAAAUUAGUUAACUUUAAAAGAAUAUAUAGAUAGAACGAAGGAACUGGAAUCUGCAAUUAGAGGGAAGGAUGAUCUAAUUGAAAAGUACGAGAAGGAACUAAGGGAGUAAUAGGAGAAUUUGUAUAAUCAAUUGCAAGAAUAGAAAGAAUAGAUUUUGAAGGAAGAUUAAUAAUCACGAAUCAAUGAAGAUCUGAGAACUUAACUAUCUUAAGCCAAAUAGAAAUUGAUUAAAAAGAAGGCAAAGAUUUAAUUGCUAAAGGAUUCCCAAAAAACCAUUGAUGUAAAUUAGCUUUUGAUUUUGAUUUUAGAGUAAAUUUGAAGAUUAGAAACAAGGGUUCCAAUAAGAAUUGGAGAGAGUGCAGAAAUUGUGUGAAGAGUUUUCAAAUGAAAUGUAAGAUUAUUAGAUUAAUGGUUCAUUAGUAAAGAUUCAGAGAAGAGACUCAUAUGCUUGAAUGAUGAAAAUGAGCAAUAUAAAUAGUUAUUGGAUCAGAAGGAAGAGGAUAGAAGAUAUUUGGAAAUGAUGAUUUAAGAGGAGAGAGAUAAUGCAAAUUAGAUAAGUGGAAAAAUUUAAGAAAUUUUAGAUGAGAAGAAGAUAUUGUAAAUUACAAUAGAAAAUUAAGGGAAGAGAGUGCAAGAUUUGGAGGAACAAUUAAAGUAGGCUGACAUAAGAUAUUAAAUGUUAUAAGGAAAAUUAGAUUAAGAGAAACAAGGAUUGAUAAGUGAAUUAUAAGAGACAUUACAGAAGAGAAAAUAAAAAGCUAAAUAGAUGCAAACGUAGAUCUAAUAAUUAGAAUAGAAAUUGCAGGAUAAAUCAAAAGAAGACAUUAUAGUUAAUAAAUAAAUUUAAGAUUUGUAAGUAGAAUAGACAAAAUUGUAGUCAUUACUUGAAGAUUAAAAACAUAAAACUGACUAAGCACUUAAUGAGGCUCAGUUUAAAGUUCAAGAAGUAAAAGAAUUGAAAGGAGAAAUAGAAAAAUAUAGGUAAACACUCUAAAUUUAGGAUGAGAAACUAUCAAAAUAUGAUGUUUAAUAUUAGAUUGAUUAGAAAGAAAAGCAAAGAUUGGUUCAUGAAAUUGAAAUUUGUGAAUAGGAGAGUAGAAAGUUAUAACAUUUACUUUAUGAAUAAGAUAGGGACAUAGACUACAUGAGACAACAAUAAGAAUAAGUAUUAAUUAUUAAUAAGUUAUAGGAAAUUUUACAUAUUGAGAAGAAAGUUGAUUCAUUGGUUACUGAGGUUCAUGUUGCUAGAGAAGAGGCAAAUGAAUGGAAGAGAAAUGCAAGUGAUUUGAAAAGAUAGUUAUAAUAGUAAGAAGAAUAGACUAAUCAAUUUAAAGCAAAGUAUUUGAAGAGCAAAUAGAAUUCAAAAAAUCUGGAAAAUGAAUAACGAUUUGUAAUUUAAACAUUUAAUAAUUCGUAGCUUGAAGAAAAAGUGAAAUUAUUGGAAAAUGAAAAAUUGCUUGGGGAAAGAGAGGCUUUGAAAAAUACUGUAGUUUAAUAAAAAUCAGUUCAAUAAAGUAAAAUUAAGGUGCUUGACGAAAUCUAAAACAUGAUCAAGUAGCAUAAAUAUAGAGAAUGA